ACGUCACUAUCACUCUGGGUCAUUCCUCCCCUCGCAGUUACUCACAAUCAGUGCUAGUAUACGGGUGACCUUAUCUUGUUUUGUUUUCGUAUAAAGCGGACGUCGUAUUUUCCAAUUCUCAAAUUAUGUGCAUCGCUACAUAAAGUACUAGGAUGUCAGAAAAAACAGAAGUUCGUUUUGAGGAAGCAGAGAGACGCAAGGGUCUGAUUCUGACUUUAACAGCUAUUCUCUGUUGCACAUUAUGUUUUGUUGUUCGACAUUAUACGGCACUACUUAGUUUAGUGGUUACCCUAACUGUGUUUUUGUUAAGUGGAGACAGAUAUCAAUGGAUUUAUAUCUGCAAGAAGACUUUCUGUCGGGACCUACUAGGUCUCCGAGUUCUCUUAGCCACGAUGUUUCGCAUUUGGCUCUGGGAGCGCAAUGGCACAACUGUUGUUACCAGGUGGGAGGAAGUUGCCAAGAUGACGCCAGACAAACCAGCAUUUAUCAUGGGUGACAGAUCUUUGACGUUUAGAGAGGGUGAUGAACUUAGCAACCGAAUAGCAUGGUACUUCAAACGCCAAGGGUUCAAGCGUGGUGAAGUUAUCUCCCUGUUUAUGGAGACACAACCAGAAUAUGUCUUUCUCUGGCUCGGUCUGGCGAAGCUCAGAGUUACUACUGCAUUAGUGAACACCAAUUUGAGGGGGUCUCAGCUGAUCUACUGUUUGCGGAUAGCUGGGUCUAAGGCUGUGAUCUUUGGUGCUGAGAUGGCUGAAGCAAUAAAAUCCAUCCAGAACGAAAUACCAGACAUACCGUUAUUCCAAUUCAACUCGCCAGGCGAGGAGUCUAGUCCAAUACUCCAGGACACAAUUCCUCUAUCUACUGAGCUGACUGAAAUGUCUUCCAAGUCCUACACAGACCCUGAACCAGCCAAACCCAGGGAUACAUUGCUAUACAUAUACACCAGUGGUACUACUGGGUUCCCGAAGGCAGCCAUCAUUACGAACAUAAGAUACCUCCUAAUACCACUAGGAGUGCAUAACUCAGGGCAGCUCUCUUCGUCUGAUAUCGUCUACGACCCCUUACCACUACAUCACACUGCGGGUGGCGUUCUCGGCGCUGGCCAAUGUGUCGUUUUGGGCUGCACCGUGGUACUGAGGAGGAAGUUCUCCGCUAGUAACUAUUGGAAGGAUGUUACGAAUUAUAAAUGCACGGCCGCGCAAUAUAUUGGAGAAAUAUGCCGCUACCUCCUCACUGUACCACCGUCAGCGUAUGAUACAUCUCAUAGUGUGAAGGUGUUGAUUGGAAAUGGGCUCCGACCCCAAAUAUGGGAAGAGUUUGUCAAGAGAUUCAAUAUUGAACGCGUUCUGGAGUUCUACGGCGCUACCGAGGGGAACAGCAAUCUUGUGAAUUUGGACUCAAAAGUUGGAGCAAUCGGGUUUCUGAGCCGCACGGUCUCAUCAAUAUAUCCUUUAACAUUAGUCAAGUGUGACGAAAUUACGGGCGAAAUACUGAGAGAUGAGAACGGAAAUUGUAUUACGUGUGGACCUCAUGAACCCGGUCUGCUGUUAGGUAAAAUAGAGCCUAAAAAAGCGAUACUAACAUUCGCUGGUUACGCGGACAAGACCGCGUCAGAGAAGAAGAUGGUAAGAGAUGUAAGAGUGAAAGGAGAUUGUUACUUUAACACAGGAGAUAUUCUUGUGAUGGACCAUUUCGGAUACUUUUAUUUUAAGGAUCGGACUGGAGAUACUUUUAGAUGGCGAGGGGAAAAUGUAUCAACAGCUGAAGUGGAAGGGAUAAUCAGCAACUUAAUCGGGCUGAAAGACGCCGUUGUUUAUGGAGUUUCUAUCCCGAACAUCGAAGGCCGCGCCGGUAUGGCAGCAAUAGCGGACCCAGAAAGGAAGUUAGACCUGGAAUCUCUCGCGUCCGGCAUCAAGACAUCACUCCCAGUUUACGCCAGACCGUUAUUUUUACGGAUACUACCAGAACCUCCGUUAACAGCGACGUUUAAGCUCAAGAAAAAGGAAUUGGUUGACCAGGCGUUUAGUUUAGGAACGGAUCCUGUAUAUUUUUUGGAUCAGAAGACUGGGAAGUAUGUGCCCUUGACACAAAAGAUUUAUGAUGAUAUAGUGCAAGGUAAUAUCCGGCUGUGAUUAUUAUUGGGAGAUGAAAAAAAAUCAAGUUAAUUAUAAAGUAGUAAGUGUUCUCACGUACGUCUAGCCCAAUGUUUUUGACAUACCAGAGUCAUACUCAACCCUUAAGUUUCCACUCGCAAUCUAACAUAAUUUUCAAAAAUUAUAUUAUUUUUUAUUAGAUUACAGAUUGGAUUGUAGACUAACAAAAAUGUAGCAUUGAAUUAAGUUUAAUAUUAAUUGAAUUCAAUUAUAAAUUGACGAAGAUAUAAAAAAAUCAAAUAUAUUUUUCAUAAAAAAAUCGAUACGAAGCCAUGAACAAAGAUUAAAUUUUAUUUAAUUUCUAGUCUCGUAAUGAGUCAUAGGAACAUUUAUUUUGUAUCAAAAAUGUAUUUUUAAGAAAUUUAAAUUUUUGUGUCUACCUACAAAAGAAAACAAUAUUUAGACGGUAAUUGAACGUUAGUGAACAUUCUUGAUCACAAAGUGCGUAGAAAAACAAUUUGCUUUUUAUGUAGGUAAUAUGAAUGUGAAAAUGUUUUUGAAACUUAAAAUUUUAAUUAUAUUCAUACACAUUUAUCUAAAGAGGCGUAAAUUUUUCUCGACUCCACCUUGAAACAGCUCGGUUACGUUUGUGAUAAUGCUAGGUGAUCACAGGAGCAGUGUUGGCCUAGAGGCUUCAGCGUGCGACUCUCAUUCUUGAGGUCGUAGGUUCGAUCCCUGGCUGUGCACCAACUGACUAUUUUCUAUGUGUGUUUCUAUUCAACAUUCGCUCGAAC